AUGAUUGUCCAGCUUGGUGAAUUGGCUGGUAAGCUUGGAGGAUUUGUUGGUGAGAGUGAGAGUGUUAAGAAAGCCGUUAUAUAUGCUAUUAUCGCUCUAAUUAACAGUAAUGAAGAGCUUAAAAAUGACCUAAAAGAUGUUUACUCUUCUCUUGUUACUAAGCUUUCUGAGUCUGUCAAGCCUGUUGACCAGGCUGAUGACACCGUGAAAAUUAGUGAGCUUAAGCAGCGAGUUAAGAAAGAAAUUACUGAAAUUAAUCAACAACUUAAUAAGCAAAUUAAGCUUUCUAAUAACUCUCCUUCUUCCCCCUCUCCCUCUGCUGAGUCAGCCAAAUUGCAGUCCAAGUUGGAGGCUUUGGAGAAAGUGGAGAAGCUUUGUGGAUUUCAUGAGAAUCUUAAGAAUGCGUCAAAUAAUCCUAAAAAGCUCUUAGAUAAUUUAUGUUCCGGCCUCGAGACUUUCCUCGGCUUCAACUCUGAGAGUAAAGGCUACGACGGCUCUGGGAUAGUGUACUCUGACCUUGACAGGCUGUGUGACGGGGUGAUGGGAUUUUUGAGUGGUGUGCUUGGUGCGGUGAAAAACACUCAGACAUACAAUGUGGGUAAAAAUACAUUAAAUUCGGUAAGUGAUGAAAUUAACAAACAUCUUUGUUCAGGCCACGAUGGUUUCAAUAAGCUUCUUCCCAUCCUGACUAAAGAGAUCGAGAGGUACAACAGGGAAGUGAGAGAGUCGAAUGAUAAAGUUAAAAAGCCCAUUAAUGAGUUAAUUAAAUACGUCAAAGAUCGAGGUGAGUUCCUUGUUGGUGUUAAUAAAAUUCAGGUUGAGAAGAUUACUGAACACAAUGAAGUGGAGAACGCUGAGAAGAUGAUUGACGAGAGCCUUAAGGAGUGCCAGCAGAAAGCUGCGGAAUUUAACGAGAACUACAAUCUCGAAAAACAAACAGAUAUGAAAAAUGCUAUUAGUUAUCUCAAUUCCACAUUAAGUGAACGUGUCCAUGUAGCGUUGAGGGCGGUGAGCCAUGAGACGGAGAGGCUUCAGGCCUUGUCAGGUAAGGAACGUAAGGACCUUGAUGGUUUGCAGGCGAAAAUUAGUACGACGUUGAACGAUCUGAAAUGUAAUGUAAAUGAGCGAAUUAAGAUAAAAGUUGCCGAGCUUGUUAGGGUUUUGAAGGAAGCGGUCAAGAAGAUCCUGAUGGAGUUGCAGAGUAUCAGCCGAGUGUUAGGAAACUACGUUCAUAACAUGGGAACGUGGAUGUCGGAGGCUGAUAAAACGCUGGAUAAGGCCUUGAAUAAGGUGGAUGAAAUAAUAAAGAAAGUUGAUUUGAAUGAUGGAGCUGAAUACCCUAGGCAAAUGCAGACAGAAAUCGAGCAGAUUCUGCUUCAGGCCAAUGUUCUAUUUGAGACUGCGGGGGCUGCGGGAGAGAAAGUUACAGAGUUGGUGACGGCGGCGAAGGAUAAAGUCAAGAAAUUGGAGGAGGGGCUUAUGCAGGAUUUGUACGGCUUGAGGGAUGCGAUUAGGUUGAAGGUCAAUAAAAUUCAGGACGAAAUAGGGAAGCUUCACGCUGUGGUUGAGCAAGGCGAAUCAACCAAAGUGACACAUAAAACAAUUGCGAAAGUCAUUGAGCACAUUCAGAAUCAGAUUGCAGAUAUCGAGGGACGAUCAGGUCUGCAGGGUAUCGUCGAAGGCGUUAAAUCUUUUGCAGCGAAAUUUAAAGAAGAUGGAGACGCAACUCUAGGGGGUAUUGUAAAGCAGUGGAUUGUACAGAUUUUGGGUAGGGAACCGGUAAAGGGUUGUAUAGAUAAAUAUAUUGACGAUAACAAAGGUAAAUUCGAGGACCAUGGUAUCAAUCACGCAGGACACACUGGAAUUGAUUCGAAAUUUAAAAACAGAAUCGCGGAACUUAUUAUUGCCAAGCUUAAGGAAAGUGGUAACGAUAUUAUUAAUGCUGCAGCUAAAGCAGUCAAAAAUGAUUUCGAUCAAAUUGGCGACGGUGAAAGCGUUGCGGUUAGCAUUCAAGGAUACAUUGGCGCAAUCAAAAAAAGUUGCGAUACAUUUGCCGCAGAGCUUGGUGAUAAAAUAAAGCACCUAAGAUUCUACGUACGCAAUAUUGUCAACGCCAUCGGGAGCGAUACAAAAUUGUUCAGUGCUAGGGAAAAGGGAACGCAUGUCAAAAGUAACCUUGAUGCUGCCGUCUCUAUCACUCUCCAACAACUCGUCGCGACGGCCGUUGAAGCUGGUGAAGCCAUUCGAGCUUUCGCCGAUGAUGAAGGUACUGCAAUGCAACGGUGUUUAAAUGAAUCUUUUGUUACGGCUGAUGAUCUUAAUAAGAAGCUUCAAAUAGCGCUUGGCCAAGGUAGUACUUCGGGCGGCAUUAACUAUGCAGGCAAAGUUGACAAAGCGAUUACGGACGUCAGCACUGAGAUUAACACCCAGUUGCCAGAUGACCAGGAUCCUGCUAAUAUAAGGGGUGAUCCACGUAUAUCAUUGGAGAAAUUCACGUUAUCCUUUGCCAAGCCUAACACAAGCGGCGGAGGUAGGGGCGGCAGUAAAAGCAAAAAAGAGUUGCUUGACGAUGCUAUUGAAAAGAUACAAAAUGAUGUAAACGAUACGUUGCAAGGUGCCAACCACCCGCACGCUGAAAUCAUAUCUCACGCUUCUGCUCUUACCAGAUACCUAAAUUAUCUUUGCACUGCGGUCAGAGAUGCGGCAAAAGCGGAGAACCCAGAGGGGUUGAAAAAAAAGUUAUUAGAGUUGAAGGAUUUCAUUAACAACGACGGCGCCAUGAUUAACGGCAAGAAACAUAAGGGUUUAAAUAAAUUGCAUGGUGAGCUUAAAGAACUGCGAGACAGAGUGGACAAAAAUCCCAUCGCCUGGGCCAAGUCCUUCGAAGAGUACGCCGGCCGUAUUUGCGAGCAGUACGUGAAACCAAUGCACCAACAUGUCGAAGACCAAGUCACUGAUGCCGUCUCAAAGAUAACCACGGAAGCGCGCAGAAACUACAUCUCCUCCAUUCAGUCGCUACUACAGUGCUUUGCGUCCAAGGUUCACAGCGAGCUGGAAACGUUGCCCAAGUCCAUUGAAGACGAUUUGACGCUUGGCUUCAAGGGCUUCAUGGUGAAGUUUGAAAAGAGCUUCAUUACGAACGAAAAGUCAAUUAAAGGUAUUAAAGACAUUGAAACUACAAGUCCACAGAAAGAAUCUCCACUGCGACAGGCGGCAACAAAAUUCUUCGGAAGCGUCAACAGAUUCCUACAUGGUUUAGAGACACAGCCGGACUUCAAAACGGACUAUGAAAAAAUUAAGCCAACACGUGAGGCGCUGGCUAAGUUAUUCGGAGGCCUUGUCACUUCCGAGUACUUCGAUCACGAGUUUUCUCGAAAUCUAUCGGCGCUGAGAGUAACGCUCAGUGAAUUGAAGCCCGCUACCUAUGGCGAAUCUAAGUGUCCGUUGCUGCUCAAUACUCUGAAGGACGGUUUCACGACUUUGGUCAGUGAACUCAACAAUGCGUACAUCUCAGCGUACGACAGUGAGACCUUCAACGGUGAGCUAGUAAAAAACCUUCAACACGUAUCCAGCACUAGUGACGUUAAUAUGAUAUAUGAUCUGACCGACGAAGGCACCAGGUUGUCUAAGGUGUUCCUCACGGUGCUCCGCACCUUGGACGUUUCGCUUCAUACGUUGAAAUCUAACUGCAAAAGUUUGCCAAAGAAACGAAUCAACAGAGAUACUGACAUCGGCGAUCUGUUAGCCGAGCAAGGUUACAAAGUGUCGGAUAACGGGGAGCAAAAUGGCGAGCUGCAAGACAAAAGUGAAAUGACCGGAGAGCGUAUCCUAGGCCGACUUAUCGGUCCUAGUGAAAAGGUAUACAGCAGCCACGAUGAUGCAAGAGAGAAAGGACCACUUAAUACGCUUUCUAGUUAUCUUAAGCUUUACUACGAUGUCUGUCACCAAGCACUCCGGCCCAAAUCACGACUGCCGUGUAAUGUUAAUGAAAUGCUUGUAUGGUUCACCGGCCUGCCACAUCACCCCGUUUACGAGGAGUUGAUACAGAACGGCCUCAGUGCGCCGUUUGAGAAUCCAUCUAAGCAGACAGUUGUGGACGAUGACGGCCUUGAGCUGACGUUAACAGACACGCGGGUGGAAUCCAUAACAGCGCAUCCAAGCAACAUCACGUACAACAGCGUAAGUAAAGCGCUGCAACAUCUGUGUACGAAAUCUUAUGAUCUGCUCACCACCGUUAUGGGCCACGGCAACGCCGAGACAGUGUACGCGGUCGACUUCCACACAAACACCUUCAACCUCAAAUAUCCCACUUCCGGUGAGGAAUGUCUGCAAACCAUUCUCGACAUUCUGCGUCGUAUGUUGCCGUCCCUCAGAUACUUGUAUUACCAAUGCAGUCUAGGUACAAACCACGGUGGAUGGGCGCAAUGCCUAUACGGCAGAGAUAUCAAGACGAGCAAAUGGCCAUGCAAAAAUCACUCAACGGAUGAACCAAAAUGCCAACCAAACGACAAAGUAACGUGCCAACCAAAUUGUCAACCAACGUCUCCAUUAAUGUCAUAUCUGGGUGACUGCUUAAUUGGUCACUUGCCUCACAAGCUGACUUCCAUCGGCUGCCGGUCCGUUUGCUCAACGUGUCCGUCUGUCGCUAAACUCGGAAUGCCAUGCGUCACUCCCCUCGGUUUCAGGGCGUUCUCAGGAUCUACCAAAACUGGUAGAGAUAUAUAUGAAAUUCUGAGGCUGCUGUUUGGUAGUGGAUUAGUCUCGUCCCUUCUGUGCCUUGUACCCAGCCCGCCGAGCACGCUGCCUGAGCACUUCCAGUUUGCGUUGGCGUUAGGUAAUAUGUUGCAUAAAGGUAAAAGCUCCAGCGCUAAUGGCGUCAGUGCAGCGUUUAGAACAUCGAUCGAGAAUGCAUCUAUUCGUCUCUACGAGAAUCCAAUGGAGCUGACCGACGCGCUUGGCGAGGCCUAUGGUAAUACGCAGGCUGACCACAGUCAUACCAGCGGGGAACCUAAACAUGCCCCGUUAUCCAGUUUAUCGAUGAAGGAAUCAUGUAUGCUUCCUAAGACCGACAAUAUUUUCUGUGGUCCCUACCUUCAAUCACUGUACCACGAUUCCUAUUAUUCUCUUGCUGAGAAGCAUUGUAACCUGUACUUGUCCUGGGCGAUAUACUUUCCGUGGCAAUUUUGGAAUUAUCUGAAAACCCUGUACGAUUCCUUCUGCAGUAUAUCCUGCCAGGACUGGGGCUGCAGUGGUUGCUUAAGAGGCGACAAAUGCAAGACGGGCAAACACGGUACGGACUACAACUGCAGAUGCUGGAGUGUCGUCAAAUGCCGCGGAGUGCAAAGCACUUUCUACAGUUACGGAUUCACAUUCGGCGACGCGAAGAAAUUGUUGGACGACAAUGAACUGAGGUAUUGCCACGAUUUCUGCAAACAACUUGAGAAUAUUCUCAAUUCACAAUUUCUCAAGGACCUCCUCCAAAAGUGCGACGAAUUCAUAUUCACCAUUAGGCAGCCGUUUAUAUGGCUUAACGUCGCACUUUGGUCACUGUCCCUCUUCUACCUCAUCUGCGUAAUGGUUGGCAGACUGGAUGUGCUGCAUAUCAAGUCACACCUGAGAUCACCGUCAUCGCACAGGAUAACGGCGCAAUCAUUGUUGGCUGCAGCGCAAGUCGGAAGGCUUGCCAAGAUAUCGUAUCUACAACCGUAA